AACAGGGAGAAGUGGGGAGCCAGCGUUCAGUUCCAGUAUCUGCUAUCGCAGAGCUGUUCAACAUGAGCUCCAGCGAGUAUGAGCAGGGCCGAGAGCAGCAGCACUUGAUGCUGAUCGAUUGUUUCCGCAACCGCUUGGUCGCGAUCAUCCAAGUGGAGCCAGUGCUGGACUUCAUCACGUUCAUGGAAGAGGCCGAUAAAGAGGAGAUCCGGGCCAUGAAACUGCAAAAAGGCAACCAGGCUGCUGUCAGCCUGCUACUCACCAAGAUCAGCAGGCAGCCCCCUGCAGCGGGCUGGUUUGGAGAGUUUUUCACUGCCCUGAGGGAAGGCGGUUGUUCUCACGCCGCUGAGUAUAUGCGUCUCGAUACAGAUCACGGUAUAUCGCCAUCACUGGAAGCCCAAAAUGACCUGGAGGUGAAACUCAUCGAGAUCUUGGCCCCAAGUUUAAUCGACAAGCUGCUACCCUUUGACAUUUCAGUGCAUUGCUUUGCCAGUGGCAUUUUGACCCAAGAUGACGUGGAGAAUAUUUUAAGUGAAACUAAACAAAAUGGAAACAGAGCAGGAGCCCGGAAAUUAUUGAGCAGAUUAAUUAUGAAACCUCCUGGUUGGUUCUCCACAUUUUUGGAGACACUACACAAGACUGGACAUGGGGAUCUUGCAAACUUAUUAGCCGGCAAUGAUAAUAGCUUAUCUGAAACAGAAGAACCAGCAGAAGAAAGUAAAAAUGUAGCAGAUGAACAAUUAUCAACUGAAGAGCAGAAUAAUGUGGAUAAUGCUAAACCAGACAAGAUAGCUGUUGAAAAAAAUGAGCAGCCACCAGAGGACUUGUAUAGUUGCCCUAAUACAGAAGAAGAAAACAAUGAAAGCAGCAGGAACAGUGAUGAAAACAGCAUUCUAUCUGAGAUUUCUGUUUUGGAUCUGUCUCGGAAUGCAGAAUCUGUUCAUGAUUUAGCAGAGACAAGUAUCUGCAGUUCAAAUGAUAGUCAACUAGAACAUGGAAGCUCUGGUGUGUCUGGAGAUGAAAACGCCAAUUCAGAUUCCGAUGAGGAGAGCAAUGAGAAAGGAAGACAAUCACCGGUUCCUGAGAUCCGCCUCCGAGACUAUCAGCAAGAAGUUGCAGCUCCAGCGCUGGAGGGUAAAAAUCUCAUUAUCUGCCUGCCCACAGGAAGUGGAAAAACCAGGGUUGCUGUCUACAUUACCAGACAUCAUCUGGACAAAAUGAAGUUACAGGGAAAAACAGGGAAGGUCAUAGUGCUUGUUAACAAGGUGCCUUUAGUUGAUCAGCAUUUCCGCAAAGAGUUCAACCCAUACCUGAAACAUAAAUAUAGUGUCAGCAAAAUAAGUGGUGAUACACAACUGAAGAUCUCCUUCCCUCAAGUGGUGCGUGAGAAUGACAUUAUUAUCUGUACAGCUCAGAUCCUGGAGAAUCAGCUGGCUGAAUCAAACAAAAAUGAUGCUGACAAUCUUGAAAUUUCAGAUUUUUCAUUGAUAAUAAUUGAUGAAUGCCACCACACUCAGAAAGAAGGAGUGUAUAAGAGCAUAAUGACCAGAUACAUUGAACAAAAGCUGAACAAUAAAAAAGGAAUUGUACAAGUCUCACUUCCACAGAUCCUAGGACUGACAGCAUCGCCUGGUGUAGGUGGCGCAAAGAAUAGAAAAAAUGCAGAAUCGCACAUUAUACAAAUUUGUGCAAACCUAGAUGCCUACAAAAUAAUGACUGUUAAGGAGCAUUAUGCACAACUGAAAGACCAAGUGAAAGAUCCUGUCAAAAAGAUGGAGAUUGCAGAAGAAAGAAUAAAAGAUCCUUUUGGAGGACAAAUCAAAGAAAUGAUGACAAAAAUUCACACAUACCUUGGACGAGAACCCACGUCAGAUUUUGGCACGCAGUCUUAUGAGCAAUGGAUUGUGCAGAAAGAGAAAUCAGGAGCCAAAGAGAAUAAUCGGAAACUACGUGUCUGUGCAGAGCAUUUAAGAAAAUACAAUGAUGCCCUGAUGAUUAAUGAUACCAUAAGGAUGAUCGAUGCAUACAAUUAUCUCACAGACUUCUAUAAAGAUGAGAAAAGGAAGAAGGUCAUGGAUGAUGAUGACGAUGUACCAAAGUCAAAGCUGGAUGAUACUGAUAGAUAUCUUAUCGGUCUUUUUAAUGAACGACAAGAAAAGCUUCAGAUUCUUGCUGGAAAGAUUGAGAAUGAAAAUGGAAAAUUGACAAAAUUGCGAACAACUAUUCUUCAAGAAUUCUCCAGAAAACGAAAUUCAAGAGGCAUUAUCUUCACCAAGACACGCCAAAAUGCACAUGCUCUGCAUGAGUGGAUAGAAGAGAAUGAGAAAUUUAAGGAAUUUGGAAUUAAGGCUCAUUACUUAACUGGAGCUGGCAAUAACAGUCAGUUCAAACACAUGACGCAGAACGAACAAAAGGAGGUGCUGAAUAAAUUCCGUGAUGGAGACAUCAACCUGCUGAUUGCAACUACUGUAGCUGAAGAAGGUCUCGACAUUAAAGAAUGUAAUUUUGUAAUCCGUUAUGGUCUAGUCACCAAUGAGAUUGCUAUGGUUCAGGCUCGCGGAAGGGCACGGUCUGAUGAUAGCACUUAUGCCUUGGUAGCAAACGAGGGGUCAGGAGUUCUUGAACGCGAGAGUGUGAAUGUUUAUCGUGAGUCAAUGAUGUAUGCAGCAAUUCAAAAAGUGCAGGAAAUGCCAGAAGAGGAAUACAAAAAACAGAUAGUAGAAAGGCAGUGGCAGAACAUCAUGGAACACAGAUUGAAAAGGAGGAAGAAUUUGGCAAAAAUAAUAAAAAGUGAUCCUUCCAAAGUGACCUUCCACUGUAAUACCUGCAGCACGCUUGCUUGUUCAGGAAAAGAUAUUCAAGUCAUCGAAAACAUGCAUCAUGUCAAUGUCACAGAUGAGUUCAAAAAUUUAUAUGGUCAACGAGAAAAUAAAGCUUUGCAAGAGAAAUGUCUGGAUUACCAAACAAAUCAAGAGAUCUACUGCAAGAACUGUGGCCAGCCAUGGGGUACAAUGAUGGUCCAUCGUGGAGUCGACUUACCAUGCUUGUCAAUCAAAAAUUUUGUUGUGGUUAUUGAUGAGAAGAACGUUGAAAAAAACACUUAUAAAAAAUGGAGCGAAGUUCCCUUCAAACUGCCUAAUUUCGACUACAUCAGAUAUGUUGAAAGUCCCAGAUAAUGUGUUGGCAGUUUCCAUUUUAAUUCAACUUACCAUAUACCUUCAUUUUGCUGAACAUUGAUUAUCAGUCAGUUAAAUUACAGUCAUACUACAGAAUGCCUAUAAAUUGUUCUGUGGUUGAACUCUUAUUUGUGCAAUUUUAAUUUACUACCAGCUUAACAUCAAAUGAUUUCGAUAACACUUUUCCUGUUGUAAUUGCGUUUUUUAUAAUAAUGAAGUGACAAGCAUUUUUAAAACAAAAAUCAUGGGGAAUUUGCUUAGGGUGUGCAACCCUUUACAUUUUUUUGUGCAACCACGACCAUGGUAACUCUAUCGUGAUGAUUUUGCAUUGCCUGCAUAGGAACACAUACACACUUUCAAACAGACAUAGGUGAUUCAUUUAAACAUUAAUUAGAUCACAGCAGAAAAUGUGAACUUGAGAUGAUUAAUCAUGCUCAAAAAUAUGGCCCACAUUCUGACAUGCAAAAAAUGCACUGAUAUUUUAGGAGGAUGGGAACACUGGAAUUAGGAUGCCAAGUUUAAUUGAUUUUGAGGCUACAGUGGCUACAGAGAAGGUGUAGGAUCACAUGAGGAUUAAACUGGCAUCAGAAGUCGAAACAUUUUUUGGCAUUUAGCUUUACAUUUCUUGGUAGUAAGCGAGCUGAGGAUCCAUAAAUAAUGGUGCUGGCUUCCUUUUGACAACCCAUUCUUGAAAAUGUAUUAACCUUUUGCAUGCAGUGAGCCUAAAUUCUGCUUCAAGUGAGUUUGUUUUCUAUAUCCAUUGCAGUGGCUGGGACAUUUCUGGGCAGAAAUGUUGAUAUACUUGUCCAACAUAUUAUAUAUCUUCUGAGUAGUGCUGAAGAAAUAAACACUGCAUGGAAACACUUCUCAGUGUUGAUAUCUGCAACAGAUCUGCAGAUCCUCUAAGUCAUUCUACUGAGAUAUAAUUUAUAUUGCAAAGGAAAAUAAAGUGUUCACCUUCCUGAAGGAGAUUUUUGGCUACUAUGGAUUAGAAAGGUUUAUCGUGAAUUGAAAGCUUGGGACAGAAAGAACAUGAUCAGCAAUGUUUUCAUCUUACUGCUUUCUCAGAUAUAUUUAUGCACUUUUUAUGAGGAUGGAAAGUGCAAUGUUUUGU